AUGGCGUCCCCGACGGUUGCAGGCGUGAAACGACCCUUUGGCGCAAUGACCGCUGGCCACGGAGGCUUGAGCAGCCACCAGCUGUGGGAGAGAGACGGCAAUGGGCCGACCAAACGACAGGAACACCAGAGACUGAUGGCGGACCAUCCCUCGGAUAUCGAAUCAUACUCGAGAUCUGCGAGCCAUUCGCCGCGCACCAAGGCUGUCAAGGUCUCGGUUCCGAACCACUUCGAACCCGAUGCGUCUAUUGUCUUGGUUGGCAUGCGUGGAUCUGGCAAGUCGACGCUUGCUAUCAUCGCUUCCACUGCCAUGAAGCGGCGGGUAGUGGACACAGAGCAGGUCUUCUUCGAUGCGACCGGCCUGUCGACCACCGCCUUCAAGAAAACACACGGCAGCAUCGAGUAUCGCCGCCGCCAGUAUAGCAUAUUGGAGAUGAUCCUGAACAGACACAGGACGGACUGCAUUAUAGUGUCGUCCUGGAUGGAACGCUCGGUGCAGACCCUUCUGGCCGAGUUUACGGCCGCUCAUCCGGUCAUUCAUGUCGUCAGGGAUGAGACGGCCAUUGCAGACUACUUGAGAGUGACCGACUCUGUCAAGUUCAGGCAGCUGUUGGACUAUUCAGCGAGCAUAUUCCGAGCCUGCGGCAAUUACGAGUUCUUCAACGUGUCGGAAGGGCUGUCCCAGGUGAACGACAUGCACCUGGCUGAGACGACCGCGAUGGAUCAUGGCGGCGAGCCGAAAUCACCGGCACCAUACCUGACACUCAAACGCGCCGAGAGACAUUUCUUGAGGUUCCUGGCGUUGAUCAUGCCCAAGGAUACGAUCCCGUACAUCGAAUCGGCCUUCCCGCUUGCGUCCAUACCCACGGAAAAGCGACAGUUCACGUAUGCCAUGUCGGUGCCGCUGUCCCAACUGAUGGGCGGUGGUAUGCAGAUCGAGGAUCUGGAAACUGGGGCAGACGCAAUAGAAAUAGUGGUCGACGACGCAUUUGCGCACAUGGGAUCCAAUGUCCACCUCACCGCGGAGCGUGCAAGCCAAAUCAGUCGGGUAUUCAGCCAUAUCCGCCGCAACGUCGUGAUCCCCAUCGUCUAUAACAUCACAUGGCCUGCCCAGGGACCCAUCGAUAACACGCAGAAGAUGCUGUACCUAGAACACCUUCAACAUGGCUUACGCCUGGCUCCGGAGUAUAUCGGGCUGGAUCUCAGGCUCGAAGAUGACGUCUUCGCCCACAUAGUGGAAUCCAAAAAGAAGUCCAAGGUCAUUGCAACCGUCGACGCUACACUGCCCAGUGCUCCGUCUUGGAGGGACCCUUCGUGGAUCUCGUACUACCGCAAAGCUCGAGACCAUGGGUGCGAUCUCGUGCGGAUGGUGCGGCCGGCUGAGCAGAUAGAAGACAACUUUGAUAUCAACUUUUUGCGACACGCGACCGAGGAACUGGGCGAGCCCGUCAUACCCCUCAUCGCCUUCAACUCUGGCCAGAAGGGGCGGAACUCUCAGUGCUUCAACAAGAUCCUGACGUCCGUCAUCCCCGAAUCUCUGGUUGGGAUGGCGCCGCCGGAUCCGCACACGUCCCUCUAUCUUCCACCGGCUAUCACUGCGCUGGAGGCGACGACUGCACUGCAUUCGGCCUUCAUCAACGAUGCCAUGAAGCUCUACGUGGUCGGAGCCAACGUCGGGUAUAGCAUGUCGCCCGCCAUGCAUAACACCGCCCUGAAAGCAUGUGGGAUACCCCAUGUCUACCGCCCGUACUCCACAGACUCGCUCGGCAACAUUCGCGAUCUCAUCCAUGACCCGCUCUUCGCGGGUGCCUCGAUCGGGUUGCCCUUCAAGGUGGAGGUCAUCAGCUUGACACAUUCUCUGAGCAGCCAUGCGAAGGCCAUCGGAGCCGUCAACACGCUGAUUCCGGUUAGGCAGCUGAAUCCCGACGGGACUAUUCCUGACAAUGCCCUGUUCUUUAACUUCAGGAACCGGGCAGGCCCAGUACGAGCGCUCUAUGGAGAAAACACGGAUUGGGUGGGCAUCCGCGCCUGUGUCCGGCGGGGCCUCUCCCCUGCGAACGCCGUGCGCCCCAACUCGAGCGGGCUAGUCAUCGGUGCCGGUGGUAUGGCAAGGGCUGCUGUCUACGCCAUGCUGCAACUGGGUGUCAAAAAUAUUGCCAUCUUCAACAGGACUUCCGCCAACGCCGAGAAGCUCGUGUCCCACUUCACCCGCCUGCUUGCGCGGGACGACCUACCGUUGCUCAGUCCGAGCACCGAAAUAGAGACAAGGUUCCAUGUCCUCCGCUCGCGGGACGAUCCCUGGCCAGACAUGUUCCGGGCGCCCACCAUGAUCAUUUCUUGCAUACCCACGCACGAUGUGAAGGACUGCCCCGCGCCGAAUUUUACAUUGCCCUCGUCGUGGAUGCAAAGCCCGACUGGAGGAGUUGUGGUUGAGCUUGCUUAUAGAUAUCUGAACACCCCUCUACUGGAUCAAGUAAGAUCUGAGUCUCACCGGGGAUGGGUCCCCAUGGAUGGUUUGGAUCUACUGCCCGAGCAAGGAUUUGCUCAGUUCGAGCUGUUCACCGGCCGACGCGCCCCCCGAAGAUUGAUGAGAGAGGAGGUCUUCAAGUCCUACCCUAACGAGCAAGGGCAAUCCAACAAAUCACAGCUCCAGCCACGGUUGGAGAAUAUCACCGAGCAGGAACCCUGA